UCACAUUUAAAAUCGAAGAAGAAGAAAAGCAGCCGCUCUGCUAACCACUUCCGGAAUACUGACAGGAUGAGAUUGUAGCAUACGCGCUCAACAAAAUCUCAUCUCAGGGUGAUGGGGCCAGACAGUGCCCCAGGUCCAGCUGUGCCCUGGCGGAAGGUGCUGUGGGAGCGACAGCCAUUCCCUGAUAACUAUGUAGACCAGCGGUUCUUGGAGGAAUUACGGAGGAAUGAGGGUAUCCGGCAGUACCGCUACUGGGCUGUGGUGAGAGAAGCAGGCUUCGUCGGUGAGCAGCUGUCCUGUGUGGCCAUUUUUAUCUCAGUCUGGCUCUACAUGGAGCAGGGUCGGCUGUCCCCUGAGACGCUGAUAUGGACCAGCCUUGUCUGCGCCCUGUUGGGUUAUGGACUGCACCAAGCCUUGACGUCUCAAGCGGAAUCAGGCUGUGAGCCCCGGACUCGUCUGGCUGACUUACAGAGUGCCACUAUUUUUCUUUCCUUCACCUUUGGCUUCUCACCAGUUUUAAAGACACUAACUGAGUCUGUGAGUACGGACACAGUGUACGCCAUGUCUGCUAUGAUGCUGCUGGCCCACCUGGUGUCGUUCCCUUACGCCCAGCCCUCACCCCCAGGAAGCCUCUCCCUAAACGCAGCCCUGUUUGCCUCAGUGUGUUUAGCCUCAAGGUUACCUGGGGCUCUGCACACCUUCGCCAUGCUCAGCUGUGCCCUGCUGAUGUUUGCACUGUGGCCCUGCUUGCUGCAGAGGCUGAGGGAGAACGCACCCAGGCACUUUACUGGGGUGUGUGUGGGAGUGUGUAUCGGAGGGGUGGGUGGUCUGGGGUCCCAGUGGCCAGGGGGAGCAGUGCUUUUAGCCCUGGCCUUAGGGAGUGUUACAUUACUCUGCCCCCUGCUGCUAGUUAGACUGCAGAGGCACAAGGACAACAUCCACGGGCCCUGGGACGAGGCUGAGAUUCACGAGGACCUCAGCCACUUCAUUCACUAGUGGACAUUUAAUGUGUAAGCCAAGGGAGAAUUUUAUAUGAAUUAAUUUAAUGUCAGUUUGCAGUGUUAUGUUGGUGCUGUAGAUCCAAACUGACAGACGUUAACUCUUUUAUCACUGGUCCACAUCUGCUUGGACAGCCACGACAACUUGUUAUACUCUCACAGAGAACAUGAAGAUGUUUUUAAUGAUCAAGCUGCUAUUGUCUUACAAGUGUUGACCUCAGAGUUUAUAUGGAAGGUAUCAACUAACGUGAUGCAGACGUGCAUUACUGGACACAUUCUGAUGCUAUGCACUAAUUUGAUAUCAGUGAUGUUUUAAUAAUCUGUGGGAGAUGCUCCAUGUUUUUAUUGUUGUGUACAGUAUGUUGUUGGUGUUGUGUGUGUGAAUGGACGGAUGCUUAGUCUCGAGCCAAGUGGCUUCAAACUGUAAAUGUACAAAUUAUGAUUUUAAAGGAUUUUCCCAAUACAAAUGAGUUAUUAAAAGAUCAUUUUUA